AAAGUGGAAGCACCAAUAGAAGAUACACAUACCUCUGACACAAACAACUUACAAGUGAUAAAUUUCGAGUCUCGAAAGUUCAAAAUCAUGGAUCCUCCUCCUCAAUUUAUGGGCGAUAACUAUUAUGGUGAAACAAGGAGAGCGACACAAAAACGGCCUCGCAGAGGUCCUCAGCAUUCUACUCCACUAUUUGAUGAUACAAGUAAUCAUGGCAUGCCCCAGCAGCCAAUGGGUCAUCAAGGUUUUGAUUCAUCGCAAUUCACUAACGAUCCUAUGACAAACAUGGCAUUUCAAUAUGGCACGACCUUAGCAUUCCAAGGACGAGAAUAUGUUGAUAAAAAUAUUGAUAAGUUUGUGUCGACGUCAAACCUUAAGUACUAUUUUGCUGUUGAUACUAGUUACGUUGGACGUAAGCUUGCUCUUUUGCUCUUUCCAUUUUCACACCAGAACUGGUCAAUAAAAUACAACAAAGCAGAACCAAUUGCUCCACGUUAUGAAGUCAAUGCACCAGAUAUGUAUAUUCCUGUUAUGGCUUUUGUUACUUAUAUUUUGGUUGCUGGUCUAGUCAUGGGUAUACAGGAUAGCUUUUCUCCAGAGCAACUUGGUAUUACAGCAACAUCAGCAUUUCUUUGGUCAUUUGUUGAAGUACUUGCAAUUAUGUUAUCAUUUUAUGUCUGCAGUGUCAUGGCUGAAGUAAAGGCCUUAGACCUUGUUGCUUUUUGUGGAUAUAAAUAUGUUGGCAUAAUCUUAACAUUGCUUUCUGGCUUGUUAUUUAAUUCGACUGGUUACUAUGCAGCAUUGCUUUGGAUGAGUUUAACCACUGGUUUCUUUUUGGUACGAACUCUGCGGUUGAUUAUUUUACCUGAGGCUGACAGCAUUGGACGAGCAAGUAAACGACGAAUAUAUCUUCUUUUGUUUAUUGCUCUUUUACAGCCCCUUCUCAUGUUUAUUUUAACAAGACAUUUGAGACCAAUGUACGUAGAAGUAAACUGAACUAUAAAUAAAUAAGAAAUGUGUACGAAACCAACAAAGACAAUAAGAAUAUUUUACUUUGGUAGAAAUGUAAGUGUACUCGCAUAAUAUGACAGUAUGAUAUAAAUAAACGAGAAUAAGUUUUUCCAGCUCAAA